AUGGUGCGUGAGGUGUUAACCUUCCAGUUAGGCCAUUACGCCAACCACGUUGGUACGCACUGGUGGAACAUCCAGGAAUCAUCGUUCAACUAUGAUCCGCUCGCGGAACCAUCGGAUAUCGAUCAUGCGGUGCUCUAUCGCGAAGGUGCUACCCGAGAGCGACAGAUGACGUUCACGCCUCGGUUGCUGAUGGUAGAUCUGGCUGGUACACUGAGACAUUUGCCCCGGGCGGGCGAUUUGUACGCCGAUCCACCGGAACCGCCUCCGGACUCACAGCCCCAAGAUGUCCCAUGGGACCCGGCCAAGCUGGAGACGAUUCAUUCACCCGGUGGCCCGUGCCAGCCGCACCCAUACCAAACGGAUUUGCGCGCUGGGCAGGCGGCUGAGGAAGAGGUGCCGAAGGAGUACGAUUUUGCUGAAACCGCGCAGGGCUGGGUGGACUACAGUUAUGCGCGCUUUCAUCCGCGCAGCAUCAAUAUCAUCGAGCGUUAUGCUUACUCGCCGGACGAGUGCCAGUUUGAUACGGUCCCACACGGGGCUCUCCUGUGGCAGGACGGUGACUUUCGCGAGACGCUUACCGAUCGGACGCGCCAGUACGUGGAGGAGUGUGACCAGUGCCAGGGCUUCCAAAUGCUGUUCGACUGUGGCGACGCGUUCGGUGGACUAGCCGCAGGUCUGCUCGAGCACUUGCACGACGAGUACGGUAAGCCGUCGCUGGUGUUCCCGGUAUUUUCACCUAAUCCGCCGCUGUUCAAGGGGGCCGAUGAAACGACUAGCGACUCGAUCCGGACCGUCAACACGGCGCUUACGUUCGCUCAGCUGCCGGAGCGGUGUUCACUGUUUGCACCACUUGCCACGAUGGAGCACUGCUGGCGAAGGACGGCCACACCUCGUGUCUUUCCACACACCACCUACGGUCCGCACAACCUCUACCAGACAGCGGCCAUUUUGGCAGCCUUUCUGGACACUGUCACGCUGCAGUACCGAUUGCGAGCAGUCGGCGAGGCAGCUACCGUAGGGCAUCUGGCCGGCCUGUGCAGUGAUCUGACACAACACGGGAGGCAAAUGGUUGCGGCCUCGCUGGCAUUACCGUUCGCGAUGGACGCGUCACAGGACCUCAUCGACUGUCUGGAUCAGAACGAGGGCGAGCAACUCAUGGUUCCACUGUCGCCCGCUGCCAACAUUGGCACCCGGGGCGUUGUUCAGUCGGUAUGUAUGCGCGGCAUACCUGAGAACCGUCUGAAGCGACCACCGACUGCCAAGGGAGCUCAGCGGCAGCAGCGAAUGGCCGGUUACCGGUGUGGCAGUGUUAGCGAAAUGUUGCAGUUGUUCUUUUCCUGCACGCUGCCUGUUAGCAUGUCACACGUCACUGCUUCCCGGACAGCGCUUCCGGUUAACCAACCGUUCCCGAUUGAGAUGUUUACACCGGUCGACCGAUUUACCCACGAUGGGUUUCUGACGCAAGAACACCGGGUCAGCCAGCCAGUGGCCAGUGUCACAAGUGUACCAACACUUGCUGCCCUUCAAUCGUCCACCGGUUUGGGCGACGGGCUAGAAAAGCUACACCACGAAGCAGGACGUGUUCGCCUGGCUCGUAUCCCGCGCUUUACCGAGUCCGGCUUAGAGGCCGGUGAGUUUGCCGAAGCCCUUGAGCAUCUGUUGGAGCUGAGAGGGAAGUACGAUGAAGGCUACGAGCUGUAGCAUUUGUCGCUGAAAUGGUUUCGAGAAGGAAUUGGCGAAGUUUGUUUCGGAAGAUGGCGAAGUGAAGUCUACGUAUUUGGUA